UUUUACCGUACUUGACCUUAUGCCAUCCGUGCCUCGAUGCAUUUUUGUUGUGUAACCAAAGCCAAGAUAUGGAGACGAGCGAUGCCAAGAUUAGUGUCAAUAUAAAUUAUUCGAAGGUGUAAAUAAAAUAAAAAAUUGUGCGGACAUUGGCUUUGAGAUGUGUCAAAAAUUCUAGUUAGAAUUUACGAAAUGUGAUACUGUCUGUACGCUAGUAGUUUGAUUGUCGCUGGCGUGAAAACAUUAAACCGAUGUGAGGUUAAACAAACAAUUCACGCUAGAACACAAAAGCAGCUGUUCAAACUACAAGUAUACGUACGAUCUAGUGGCGAUUUCAGUACAUAGUUAUUCCGUCGUUAAUAGUGAUAGUUUUGCAUCUGCUAUUAGUGCUCAAGAAAUCACAAAAAAUGUGUACCUCCUAGCCGAAUGCAGUGGUUGUCAAUGGUCACUAGGCCCAACUUAUGGUACAAUGAGUGAGGAGUCCCAGUCGCAUGAUGGCAGCAAGAAGAGUCCAUCAUUGGCUGCGGCUAGCGACACUGGGCUACCCGCCGAAGAGUGCGGAGCACAGGUUGAUGCCUCUACGCAUACUUCACAGACUAACGUUGCCCAGAUGACAGCAAGCUCAGCGCCCACAGAAGGCAACAAGUGGAAAUGUGACACUUGCACGUAUGAGAAUUUCCCACUUUCACGCAAGUGUACCAUGUGCCGCUCGCACAAACCGUCCCUCGGCGAGGAUAUAUUUAAGCUACAAGACGGCGCCAGCGCUCUGCCCGCACAGGACGACUGUGGAGCAGAAGCUAUAGCGGAAAGGCUGAAACCUCUGAGGAUAUCGUCUCCGCUUGGGCAGGCCAGCGCGUCUUCUAUAACCAAGUGGCCUUGCGCAACAUGCACGUAUGAAAACUGGCCGCGUGCGUUGAAGUGUGCGAUGUGCGGCGCGAGCGCACCGACGCACCGCCCGCACCCCGCGCACCCCGCACACCCCGUAGCCGUAGGUAUAAACGACAUCUGCAACAGUCAACCCCCCUCGCAGCAUGAGCUGGAUUCCAGCGGGCGUCGGUCCAAGCGGCGGAACAACACCGACUGGAUAUGGCUGCAGGCUUGUUUAGGCGUGGUGGAGGGCGACGCGCGCUGCGUGGACGCGUACCUGGCGGCGGGCGGAGACCCGGCGCGCGCGCUCACGGCGCCCGAGGUGGCGCUGCUCAACCGCGCCUCGGCCUUCGACCCCGGACACACGCUCGUGCAUCUAGCCAUCAGAUUCCAAAGACAAGAAAUCCUCUCGACAUUGCUUUCUCGAAUAUCGGGCGGUGGGCCCGGCCUGAAGAGGUCACCUUCUUACGUAGCUCCAGAUUUAGCGACGGCCAUUCGUCGACACAUCGCGGGCUGCGUUCGACACAAAAAGGGCAGCUUUCCGUGCCGGUACAUCAACGAGUUCUGCACUUUCUCAUUACCCUCAGAAAUCGAAGAGCUUCCAGCGGCGAUCCAGGAGCAGCUGUUCUCGGAGCUUCUGGAUCGCGACGCCCAACAGACCCUGGAGGCGGACCCCCCACUUAUUAAUUGGAGUUUGCAUCUCACUGUUACACUAGGUUCUCGCCUGUACGCGUUAUGGAACCGCUCCGCCGGCGAUUGUUUGCCGGACGCGGUGUGUCAAGCGGCGUACGGCGUGUCCGAUCGGGCCAAUGUACUGCGCACUGCCUUGGCCGACACCCUCCAUCACGCGAACCGCAGUUUCUACUCGCGCUGGACGGCGUGGGAGCGCCUGCAGGCCACGCAGCUGCACUACCAGCCCGAGGAGCCGCAGCUGCGCGCCGAGUGGGCGCGCCUCGUGGCCGCCGCCGCGCGCCCCGGCACCGCGCUGCACCAGCUACACGUGUUCGCGCUUGCGCACGUGAUGCGGCGCCCGAUCUUCGUGUACGGCGUCGACAUCGUCAACUCAUUCCGCGGGGAGGCGCUCGGCUACGCACGCUUCCAGGGGAUAUACCUGCCGCUGCUGUGGGAUCCGGAGUUCUGCUCCAAGUCUCCGUUGUGCCUGGGCUACACGCGCGGUCACUUCUCCGCGCUCGUGCCCAUUGAGCCUUACUCCCACCGCCACGCGUACAUCUGUCGCGAGCAACAGGAGGAGAGUGAAGACACGACGUACCUGCCGCUGACGGACUCGGACGGGAAACUUCUCCCCGUACACUUUCUCACCUGCGACGAGGUGGCGGAGGAGGAGGCGUUGGUCCGGCGCUGGGUGUCGGCGCGAGCGGGCGGCGGCGCGCUGGCGGCGGCCCAACGCCUGCACGCGCGCCCGCUGCUCCAGGCGCAGAUGCUGGAGGAGUGGCUCAACCACUACCGGCGCCUCGCCCAGCAGACCAGAGGCCCGUUUCCGCCGAGACUUCACACAGCCGCGGAGUUCUCCUCCGACGCUGACACGGACGACGAGUAACACACACACUACACACAUAACACGCAACAUAAAGACGCUGGCACACUUACAACACGCCACUCGCUACGCGUGUUGAAUCUAUUCAAAUCGGGAGGUCCCUUUAACCAGAAUUGCCAGGGGUUUAAAACAGUUGUCCUGACUCAUUUCGAUGUGUGGGUUUAUGGUGGAAAAACUCAAGAGAGAUUUUCCAAUUUCCAACUUACUACAAAUAAGUGCACAAUAACAGGUGCACCUAUUCUCUCACUCUCUUAGUACGAUGGGAUCGAGAGCUUAACGUGCUCUCCGAGGCAUUUAAGAUAAGCCCAAUACUAUUUAUUGGCUCGACCCGGGGAUCAAGGAUUUCCUGGUCAGCAUUCGAAUAUAUUAACCACUAGACAAACGAGGCAGCUGUCUAGUCAGUUCACUGGGGGCUAUAUAGCAUGUACCGCCGGGUGUUGAUCGCAUUAAGUAUAGUCUAUAUUUUUUCAAACCUUCGAAAUCUUUGACUGAAGGCGCCAUCUUAUAUAUAACUACUGUCCUACUAUAUAAUAUGCCGAGUUAGCCAGAAAGAUAGCGAGUUUAAAUUCCGCUUCUUCUUCAAUUUAUAUGCGCAUUAAAUAAAAAUCCUCAAAUUAUGUGUAGAAACACUCAAGUUACAUUAUUGACACAGUAGGUCACAAGUGUAGACAUUUACUCAAUGAGACACUGUUUAUUUGCAGCCCAGUGGACUGCAAAGCUAAGCGCAUAAACUUGCUGGCUUAUGUGUAUUCAUGUAAAAAAGCCAUUGUGGCACAAGUGUGCACACUUAGUAUUUACUUAAAAAGUGUGAUUCUCGUAAUAAUCUGAAGGAUUUGAAUUAACGCGGCAUGCGUAGCGUGGCUUCGAGUCGUGUGGCGUUUUGUAAGUGUGUUUCUAACCUAACAUACAUUUUGUGCUAUUGUCAAGCUUCUUACAAUCAUAUUAAAAAAUUAAUGCUACAUGUCAUGUAGAACUGCGUUUUAUAGACUUUAUUUUAUAAGAAAUACGGUUCAUAUUUACGUAAAUUUUAUUGUGAUUUGAAAGAUACUGUACACCCUUGUGUGAUAUCUUGUUUAAUUUGCUUAGUGA